AUGACAACGUGUGUACGAAACGACGAGACUACCAUGACGGAGGACCUAAACCCCCCGUUCGUCCGUUCGUCAACGGAAAAAGGCCCCCGGGAUUGGGGCCUUCGGCAGGACACGGAACAGUCGGCAAUAUUGAUUCGUCAUGGACCCCCGGGACCAUGGCAAGGGAAAAAGUUAUCAGGAGAGUUAUUACGGCGGCUUCGUGAUCUUCAUUGCAAGCGACAAAAGGUGGUCAAGGGCGGAAACACUUCCUCAGCUGUCCAGUUAGGAGCUUUGCUGGGAUGCUGUGGGAGUUUGCUGGGGUAUUUUCAACACCCACCCGGACGUAGGCGGCAAAGACCUGCCUCUUUCUUUGUCUUCCACGGUUCCUUGUAUUUGACUUUCCCUGGAACGUCGACAUCAACUCCUCUUCCCGAGUGUCAGAAUCCUGUACCGAUAGUCUAG